CAAAGCCUACCUGUGCGUCUCAUUUGCAUAACCAAUUACUUCCGGAUUUGUUAGCGCGCCUUUGUCUUGUCCACCAAUCACAGGUCGCGCGUCGUGCUUUUAGAAACUCAGCGGCCUGGCCAACGGUGAAAGUGCUUACAGGUCGAAGGACAUUGAAGCGUUGUUUAAUAAUAUGGCUGUUUUAAAGUUUUUAUUUCUGUUGUCGUUUUGUAUGGUUGUGAGAACAGAGAACGCGCACAUCCAAGAACGGCUGUUUUUAAGAUCGCUUGGGCUUUUAAGUCGACCGAGACCGUCAGCUCAUGGCCCAGUGCCUUCAGUGUUGUGGAAAAUUUUCAAAAAGGCUGAGAAAAGGCGCGAGCUGGAUGCAUGCACCGUCCCAGAGUAUGGAGUAAAGGGAAACAUCGUCAGAUAUCUGCUGGAUCAAGGCAGGGUGAUUACUGACUCCAGCAGUGGUUGUCCCGCGUGCGUGGAGCACCAUCUGUAUUUUAAUAUGUCUGCACUCGAGGAUGUUGAGCAGCUUUCGCUGGCCCAGUUGGAAGUGAAGUUUAAACACGACUCGUUUCCCGCGACACGAAAAGACCUCGCCUUCAACAUGCACAUCUACGGAGUCGUACGAAGUGCGUUAAAGGGCAUGGCGCAUGAACCCAGUCGCAGGCUGCUGCUCUCGCAGUCUGUUGAGUUCACCCCAGGCACGAUCCGAGUCAAUCUGACUGAUCUGGCAGAGUCGUGGAGACGACCAGGUAAAAACUACGGCAUUGUGCUGGCAUUACAGGCCACUCGUCUGAGCAACGAGCUGGAUCAGAACUGCAAGGCGGAAAUCACGGAUCAAGGUCACAUGGAGAUGCCGGAGCUGAUUGCGUCGCUCGUGGUCGUUUCUUUGAACCCCCAGCAGUGCGGAUCAAGGAAGAAGCGCAGCGCGUAUUACUUGCCCGUCACGCCCAGCAACGUGUGCAAACCCAGACGCCUCUACAUCGACUUUAAAGACGUGGGCUGGCAGGACUGGAUCAUCGCGCCCCAAGGAUACGUGGCUAAUUACUGCCACGGAGAGUGUCCCUUUCCUCUGAGUGAGAGCUUGAACGGGACUAACCACGCCAUCCUGCAGACCCUGGUGCACUCAUUUGACCCGAAAGGAACUCCUCAGCCGUGCUGCGUCCCCAUCAAACUGUCCCCAAUCUCCAUGCUGUACUACGAUAAUAACGACAACGUGGUGCUCAGGCAUUAUGAAGACAUGGUGGUGGAUGAAUGUGGUUGUAGAUGAAAAGUUGUUUCUUUUAUAUGAAUACAAUAAACUUAUUUUUUUGUGUACAA